AUGGGUUCGAAUUCUUGCUUAAAUUUUGCUCGAUUGACGUAUCUGUUUGGAAAGUGGGAAUUGUUGAAACAUUUCUACAAAAAAUGUCUCGAGAUCGAAAAAGAUCACGAACAUCUUGCCAUUAUCCACAGUGAUCUUGCCUUGGUCGAAUUACAGCUGGGGCAUUACGACGAAGCUUCGACGUAUUUCAGGUCAAUAGAACCGAAGCAAGUUACGAGCAUCAAGGAAAAUAAACCGACCGCUUUCACAUAUAAUAAUACGGGUAUUAUGCUCCAUAGACGAAGAUCUUUUAAUGUAGCUGUGCAGAGUUUUCAAAAUGCUUUAGCCGCAUACGCUGCUGAAUCCGGUAACAAUAAAGGACUUCUUGGGACAAUUUAUCAUAAUAUCACAGCUAUUCACAAUGAGAAGAGUAAUUAUAAAGAAGCACGUGAUAAUAUUGAAAGAUGUCUCGGAAUCCGAGCGGCAAUUUUGCCGAAACUACACCCAACGUUAGCGGUUACCUACAAUUGCAAAGCAAUUACUUAUUAUAUCAAUGGAUCGUGUGACAAAGCCAUCGAGUAUGCUCAACGGGCAGUUGACAUUGACAGGAAUGUAUUGGCAGAAGAUCAUCCUCAAACAAUACUUCAUACGCGAAAUCUGAACUCAUUCAAAAACAAACACUAUGAUGGAACGGUUAGUUUUGAUGCUAUUAUUCCUAUCAAUGAAUUUCUAUGGCGAACUUCAAGGAUAUCGAUAUGUGUGUUGGCAACUGCCGUGUUGGAUACGUUGCAAAUCAGUUGUUCACGUUUGUUCGACUCUGCCAUGCUGGAAUCGUUGUGGAUCAAGUCCAAGAGUCAAAAAGGCUUUCCUAAGCAGUUUCAAGCAGUGUUUAACGUCACCGUGGUCCAAUCGUCUGACCUAGUGACACAAGGCGUUCAAUCUUUGUUGUACGAUUAUGUCAAUCUGAGAGUUCGCUACGAUUAUCAAGGAUGGCUAUCAAAACAAAAUGAAACAAAUAUGAUCAUAUACAAACCUCAAGGUGCUGAACCGGAUUCGCCGGCUGCGAAUGACUAUGUCAUGUACAACUUCAGGCCUGAUUAUCCGGCAAUCACAAAAAAUGAUUGUUGGUAUUCAUCAAAUCCAAUGAGAAGUAUUGGCCCAUUUCCAUUCACGUGGUACAGUGAAACUGGAAACUAUUAUCAAAUCAAAGAAUGGUUUCCUUUACCAACUGGAAUGGUUAACAAAGGUGAAGAAUGGAUACCUGAACUUCAAACCAAUGCAGUACGAUAUGACUCAGAAAAAAUCUGUUAUCUAAGACGAUCUGGUAUUGGUAAAGUUCCAUGUUUGAGCUAUUUCGAGACAGACAAUGGACCAGCUAAAAUUAUCACAGCACGUGCUGCUGUUGGCUCAUAUGAUUCCGAUUCAUAUGUAAUUACCGUCUAUCUUUCGUUUAUCAAUGGUAUUCCAUCGGAAGCCGAACAUCUAUUCGACUUACCUGAUCACUGGCCUGCUUACUGUGGUAAUGCAAAUACAGGUUUUACUGUCAAUCCUGUUCGUGGUUUUGUCGUCACCCCUCAAGGUGGAGAUGGUUUUGCCUUACAAUUAAACACCCCACCAGUUCGUGAACUCGGUGAUCAAGUGAAAAUUGAAUUCAAAUUAAAUCCAUCGUGGUACUACAAUGGAACCAAAUGUACGACAUUCAAACCAAUAGUUUUCAAUAAAGAUAAUUGGCAAACGCCACAGCAGGUCGAUAUGUCAUUUACUGAUUACGGUUGUUGCAGUUAUAUCAUUGAAGCAAAUGGCGGAGGAUAUGAUUGGCAAUAUCAAUCUUCAUCAUUUGUUGUUUAUGGAUGUGAAGGAGAAGCCGGAUAUGGUUGCACAGGCAAAUAUCCAUGUGGAGGUUAA